UCUAGUCUGACAGCGACUUAGAGGACUGAGGGACUACCGCGGUUGGACUCUUUUGGAACAAACUUGCUUUUGCUACUUGCGAGCCUGAAACCCCCUUCUGUUUUGUGUGGAAGUACAAGCUCCCCGCUUCAAAUCGCCUGCAAAGAUGCUGCUCCUACUACUGGGAAUCAUCCUCCUGCACCUCGCUGCUCUGGUCCUCCUGUUUGUGUCAACAAUAGUCAGCGUAUGGACGUCAAGUGAAACCAGCACCUCAGACCUCUGGAUAAACUGCUCCACUGCCAAUGGAGGGUACCACUGUGACCCAGCAUCAACCGGAGAGUGGAUUCAGGCGGUCCAGGCUCUCAUGAUCCUAUCCAUCAUCUUCAGCUGCCUGUCUCUCUUCCUCUUCUUCUGCCAGCUCUUCACUUUGCAGAAGGGCGGACGCUUCUUCCUCACCGGAACCUUCCAGAUCCUUGCCAGUCUGUUCGUGAUGAGCGGAGCCAUCAUCUACACGGUGAUGAGUCCGGAUUGGGUGCCGGAGACGGACUCCUUCGGCUACUCCUACAUCCUGGCGUGGGUCGCCUUCCCUUUGGCGCUGAUCAGUGGACUCAUCUACGUCAUCUUGAGGAAGCGAGAAUGAGCCGUCACUCCAUCCCAGUGUUCCCAGUGACCCCCUCCUGCCCAACUGCAAGUGUCAUCAGUCCCCCUCUGAAGUUUAAGUUCUGACACCUGAGCACCAAUGGCCAGUGGAGCCUCCAGGCCAAUACAUCCAGAUCACAGCGAGGGGUGGGGGGUAAAACCAAAAAAAUCUACAUGCAAACCAACACAAAAACAACCAAUACUGUCUCAGUUGAAAGAUGUAUAUAGUAUCUAUGGUUUAAAACCUAUUUAUAACACUUUUUACAUAUAUGUACAUAGUUUUUGUGUUGCUAUGUCAACGGAUACUCGAAUGAGCUUUGUUUUAGCUGAUUAAGUGCCUCCUGUUUGUUUGUAAUGAUGAAAUAAUUAGAUGCUAUUUUGUUGUGUUUUCUUUCUUUUUUUUGUUGUUGCCUUUUUUUU